CGUAGUGUUGUAAGUCACUGUAUGGUAAUCGUCAACAAAAAAAAAUUGUGCUGCUUUGGUGUGUAGUCACAAAUCAGUAUUGAAACAGCAGAAGGGACAGUUCCUGCUCGACUGGCGAAAAGAAAUAAAGUUCACCAUCGGAAUACAAUGAACUGAAUCGAGCGAUAAGUGCUACAGACUUUUCAGACGGAAAAAUCGCAGGCCGAUAGUUCAUAGUUGCUAAUCACUGUCAGGAUAGCUCGUUUAGUUAGGAUUUUCCAUCAAAUUGAUGGAAAAUUUCGUUGGGAUUGAUCUAGUGUGCUAUUCAGGGACGGAUGGAAAUCAUAACGUAGUGAAUGAGUCGUCAUUUAUUCAGUCGUCAUUUCGACAUUUUGGUCAGUGAGAAUUGUGGGUACAAGUAGAAAAAGGGGAUUGCGGAGAGCUAAAAAAAAUCAGUUUUCGUUUUAAAGUGUGAGCGAGAGGGUGUGGAAAAGGAAAAAGUUCAACAAAGGAAAGUGUUGAAGAGUUCGAGCAGCAGAAACAGUAACAGCAAGAGCACAAGGAAAAGAAGGAAGCAGAGAGACAAGUUCUCUUUCGCUUUUUUUUUUAUUAUCAAAUGGCUGACAGCAGUGUGAAUGCAAAGUGUAGUGAUGGUGUUUCAUAUUUUGAUAGCUCACUAAAGGGAAAAAUGACUUCACAUAAUACUCUGAAUAAUUCCUCCUCGUCGAGUGGUGGAAAUCCUGGAGGUGUUGCUGCAGGUUCUUCCGGUGGCCAAGUAGCGAUGGUCGAUCGACUAAAACUGCUGUAUCCGAACGUGAACGAAUCCGUCGAUCCGUUGCCCCGUUCCUGGAGCUCUCAGGACAAGUGCACCACCAUCGGACUGACACAAAAUAAUUUACGUGUUCACUACAAAGGAAUCGGGAAGUCACACACAGACGCCGCAUCGGCCCGCACUCCAUACCCAAUUCCGUCAGCAUGUGGACUGUACUACUUCGAGGUGAAGAUCAUCUCCAAAGGUCGCGACGGUUACAUGGGCAUCGGGCUGACCGCGCAUACACACUUCAAAAUGAACCGCUUGCCGGGCUGGGAUAAGCAGUCCUACGGAUAUCACGGGGACGAUGGGAACUCGUUCUGUUCGUCUGGAAACGGACAGCCGUACGGACCCACAUUUACCACCGGUGAUAUUAUUGGUUGUGGAGUAAAUUUAGUGGAUAAUACAUGUUUCUACACUAAGAAUGGACACCAUUUAGGAAUAGCUUUCAGAGAUUUACCACCACGAUUAUAUCCUACGGUUGGGUUGCAAACGCCCGGCGAAGUAGUGGAUGCAAAUUUUGGCCAGGAGCCAUUCAAGUUUGACAUCGAGGACAUGUUGAAGGAGCUGAGAGCGGCCACCAAAGCCACCAUUUACAACUUUCCGCUGCCGGAUGACCAGGGUGACUGGACUGUGAUUCUACACAAAAUGGUCUCUUCCUACCUGGUACACCAUGGGUACAGCUCAUCGGCGGAAACCUUCGCUCGCUCCACCGGACAGACAAUGCAAGAGGAUAUUGCCUCGAUCAAGAAUCGACAAAAAAUAAUCAAACUAGUGCUAUCAGGACGCAUGGGACAAGCGAUCGAGCAGACAAUACGCUUAUAUCCGGGGCUGCUUGAAUCGAAUCAAAAUCUGCUGUUCAUGCUCAAAUGCAGACAAUUUAUCGAAAUGGUGAAUGGAUCUGAUUUCGAACUUGAUGGUUCAUCUCGUACGAGUCCAGUGCAAACAUCAGUGAUACAAUCGACGAAAAGCUAUCAGAACGGUAACACAGUUAUUUCGGAUAGCGGUGACAAUCAGGGUUUAAGUAAAAAUAACGUCCUUUGUGAUAACGGAACGUGUAUCGAAGACGACUAUUCGAACGAUGUCGAGAUGGAGAAUGGUCAUGCGAACAACGUGAAUAACAGUUCCAAUGGUUACAAAAAUGGCACCUCGAAUUGUAAUCCGAACGAUUCGCUCGAAGAUGACGACGAAGAUGAAGAAGCCAUGGAUGUAGAUCAGUCGCAAUCACCGAAUUGCAAAGCAAAUAACGCUCUAGUGGCACGGUCCGGUGUUGAACGUAUGCUAGAAUUCGGGAGAGAACUGUUCCAGAUGAGCCAACGACUCGAGAAGGAGCAAGGAGUUAACGAGACCAACCAGAAAAUGCUAGAGGAUGCAUUUAGUUUAUUAGCGUAUUCUAAUCCCUGGGCAAGUCCGCUGGGUUGGCAGCUGUGCCCUUCGCGUCGGGAAUCUGUUUGCGCUGCCCUCAAUUCUGCCAUAUUAGAAUCAAUGAGCUAUUCGUGGCGACCACCACUGGAGGUGUGUAUAGCACACGCAUGCGAACUCUUGCGACUGAUGUCCGGUUCAUCGCUUGGCGCUUGCGCAUUCGUCAGUGUGGAAGACGUUCUCACCCAGCAGCAGCACCAUUGACUAAAACUAAUUCUUCAGCUGUCCUCUUAUUUCAACGUCUAAACUGCGCCAACAUUGGAUGUACUCUAUCUACUGUUCCCACUAGCCAUUAUUGCCCCUGUUUCUCUCCGCUCAUGGUGUCUCCUGUGUAAGUGUUGCAAGCGUGUUUGCGGGUGUCGAUCGGUACACAUUUGUUUAGCCGAAGUAUGGAAUACUUUUGGCGUAGACAAGUUUGAUCAGUUAUUGACUGUAUAUUUUAAUUUAUUUCUACUGUGAGUUUUUGAUUCCACCUUUAGUUUGUGUUGAAACUACGCAUCUCCCCAUGCCUUUUUUAAUAUACACAUUGCCUGCCUUUUGAGAUCGCAAGGAACAGUAGCUAUAGUUACAGAGUCAAUUUGUGCUCCGUUAUCCACCCCCAUGUUUCAGUAAAAAAUAGAGAUCUUUGCAUAAUUGGUCGCCUAAUAUUUUACCACAAAAACAAUUUCUUGUUUUUUAUUUUAGUUAAAUUUUGAGUUUAUAUGAAUUUACGCAAAAAUCUAAAGAACAUGCAUAAAUUAUGAUGAAUGAAUAAAGGAAAAAAAUAAACAGAAAAGAAAAACGGCUUGGAAACAGUAAGUUUAUAUAAAUAUACAUAGACGCAUACAGAAUCACAUAUACACAGAGAAGCAAACAACUAAUUAAGGUUAGGCGGUAAGACGACAAAGAUAACAAAACCCGAUCUAAUAAAUAUAAUUAAUAAUAUAUUUACAAGUAAUGGACAGAAUAAAGUUGAGCAAGUGAAUAUUGCAAUUAGUUGUUAGCAAGUUUUAGUUUAAUUUUGGUUUUCGUUUUUCAUUCAUAGGCUUAGAAUUUCAAUGUCCUUUGUGAGAUAGUUUUGUUUUUUCACAGAUAUUAGUUCAAAGUAAGUUGGCGGUUUUCCGGAGGCGUGUAUUUCAUGUAUAUACGAGAAGGCAGAUAUUCGCAAACACUGUUCGCGUGUGCUUAGCCAAUAUCCCAACUUUCUGACUAUACUUUAGGCGUCGAUUUCAACUGACUCUUCUUUACAGUAAACUUUCAAGCGGGGGAUUCACACCAUCAUGUCAUCAUCGAAUGCCAAUAAAUAUCAUAACAAUAACAUCUCUGUUCCAUCAUCAUCACAAAAAAAAAACACGCGUUGUCCAUCUCGAUUCGAUCAAAAUUUAGUUAAAGGUGUAUUUUGGUACGUAAAAGAAAAAUAAAAUUAUUACGACAAUUGACAUGAAGUUUAUGGAGGCGUCUGGAAACGUAGAAUCGAUGUCGUUUCAUCAAUAUGAUCAAGUGUGUCUUCCAGAGCAUGAUUUUUUUUCCCAAAAAAUACUGUUUCCGAAUACCCGAGUACCGUUACCGAAUUUCGAGAUAAUCUUCUAACUUUUUUUCUCAAAACUCUACGCCUAAUGAUUUUGUUGUGGAACUGUAUAAACAACCCAUAUUCUCAUGAUUUCGUGACACAUUUAUCGUAAGCAUACAUAAAUAAGAAACGUUUUCCCUAAAUUCGUUAACGAAUACUAAGCAAAUGAAAAAUCUGAUGAAAAUGAAGAAACAAAAAAAAAAUGCAAUUGGAAACCUUUUGAAAAAGAAUGCUAGCCGCAAGACAUGAAUUUAAAAAAAAAACGUGUGCAAUGGCUUUAAUAAAUGUGACGGUUAAUAAGAGUAAUCCAAUAACUGAAAAGUAGAGAAAAAUCAAACACACACGCAAUCGUAUGGUGUGAAGUAUAACACAGAAAAAAAAGUAAUGGCAUUACGAUAAUUGAAUUUUACGUUAAGUUCGAAUGAGUAUAUUAAGAGGUAAGAUUUUGAAAUUACUGUGAAUAUUGAUGAUAAAGCAAACAAAAGCAUAAGAGCAGACAAAGAACAGAAAUAAUAAAAUUUUAAUUCUAAAACAUA